AUGACCUCUUCAAUUGAACACGGGGUCCAGCAAGGCAGUACUCUAGAAAAUCAAUGGGAAUAUGAUAUCGUAACAACAGCGCAUCCCAAGGUUCAGUCCCGCGUUGAAAAAUGGCUUCGCCAAAUCGAGGACCGGCAACUACAAAAGAUCGAAGAUCCUCGGAUCCCCGUCGAAAUCAUCUUCCAAAUCAUCGAACUACUUCUUAACGAUCACGACGAAUGUACGGCAGUCUGUCUCGCUAUCACAGGUCGAGCUUAUUAUAGAUUCUUCUGCUCAGUUCACCCAGAACGAGUACUGCUCAUUUCAAGACCACCAUACCCUUUUAGCCAGAAGGAGUUUCCGCCUACCCUCGCAAAACUUCUACACGAUUCGUUGGUUCCAGAGUACCGACUCUCGAAGCGACUCCAAAAAUUCCUUCUUUGCUCUGUCUAUGGAGAUGAAGCCGGCUCUCACAAAGAGUGGGAUCUGAUCCAGCGAACAAGCGACUAUCACAGCAUUAUAUCAAGACAAGGAAGUACAAUCGGAGAACUUAUCUUGCCAAAUCCAUUUGGAAUGGGAACCGAUUGGUAUCUUGCAGCAGUUCGCCAAUUUGUCAAACACGUUGAAGAUGCUGUUCCAGAUUUAUCCACAGUCGGUAGCAAUCUUAUGCAAUAUGUACCAGUCGUAAUGCCCGGGAUCUCUGUGAUUGGACUAACAAUGAGUACAUUCACGUCGACGGGGCUUCCGGUUCGUUUAGUCAAUAUGGCUCCACCGUUGGAUACUAGACCUUGGCUACAUGGAAUACCAUACCCCGGAGUAACUUCGACUGGACACAUAAUGCCUGGACAAACAAUGCUCGGUCAAACACCCGACCAAGAUCAAAUUCGAGAGAACUUGAGAAUGACCAAUCUUGCGGUCAAAGACCAGUAUUCAAGAGUUACAAACAUGCAGAAAACUCACCUUUGGUAUUUCAUGGGAAAGCACGUUAGCACACGGAUUCCAGAUCAUGAUCCGCGUGGUAAUGUGCUCAAUACAACUAGGCGUAUGUGUUUUUGGGAGGCAAUACUUCAAGCUUCAAAGCAAGAUUGGGAACAGUACUUUCUUCUUUUUGCUGACGGGGUUGAGGUUCAAAGAAACAAUGAAUAG